AUGCUCUCCUAUGAGGAAUACAAGACCCAAUUGUUACAAGACAUUUUCCCUCUACUUCAAAGAUGGCACCUCUCUAAACAUGUAGUGUUUAAUGCGGACGCUCACACCGUUCGAGUAAAGGCCCAAAAUCCCCUGAUAGCGAAUUGCGACAUUGAACUACAGAUUGAGUACUCUCAUCUUUACCAUGAGCCACUUCUCAUUUUUCGUUUCUGGAAUACAACCUUAAUUGACGGAGUAGAGCAAUCUCAAAUAUGGCUGCCAGACGACUUGCCGUCGGUGCUAAACAUGAAAGGAUUUAACACCGGAUUAGAUCAUGUCGACAAAGAGUCAAAGACUAUCUGGUUUUCCGCACAUUGUUGCGAUACAUCAAAAGUAGUCGGAUCGGACACCUCGUCUUAUCUUUCAAGAUGGUGCUCUGUAUAUUUUACAUUAUUUGAUUGUUCUUUUGCAAAUGUAUAUAUGCCAAAAGUCAAAAGUUGA